AUGUGUGCAUCUCACGACUCCCAGACUAUGUCUUUGGCGGACAAGGCGAGGCGGCGGACGAGCGUGGACAUCGGCGGCCUCGCCCUUGCCCUGCAGAACGAGGGCAGCGGUGAUGGCUGGAUUGGCGGAGACGAGCCCCCAGAGAAGCUCGACGCUGUAUUCGCAGAACUUCUGAGCAGGAUGUACAACGAUACGCAGAAGGCGAUCCAGACUGGGGAAGCCUCUGCUCAGUUUGAUGUCGAUCCGGACGUCCGGGCACAACUCAUAGCCCGCGUAGAUGCUUGGGACUUUGAGCCUCACAAACUGGACGACAAUCACCUCAUCUACUCGGCGCUGCUCAUCUUCGAGUCCCUCUUUCUCCUCGAUGGGUUGCAGGAGGCCGUCAAUGUGUCCCUGGACCAAAUACAGGAAUUGCUGUGGAGUCUCCGCCGAGUGUACCGGGAGCAGAACUCGUACCAUAACUUCCAGCACGCCGUGGACGUUCUCCAGGCCAUGCAUCACAUGCUUCUCACUGUCGGAAGGGUACCGCCAGCGGCAACUCUACUCCAUGGCGACAACAUACCGUGGGCACCGAACCCCGAUACACUCGACCCACUUGUUGAAUGUCUGGAUUCUCUCGACCUGUUUUGUUUGUAUGUCGCCUCCAUAGGACAUGACGUCGCCCACCCGGGCCUCACGAACACUUUCAUGCAAAACGCAAAGUCGCCGCUGGCGGAACUCUACGAGGGCAAAUCGCCGCUCGAGAAUAUGCAUUGCACCCUUCUGAUGAAAAUCCUGCGGAAGCAAGGGUUCGGUCGCCUGCUUGACACGCCCAACACGAAGCACUCCUUCCGGAAGCUUCUCCACCAGACCGUGCUUGCGACGGACAUGCGCGUCCACAACGUCUUCAUGGAGGGCUUCCGAGACCUCGUGAAUGGUAAAGUCACGGACGAUUGGGCGAAGCGUGUGCUAGUGAGCCAGGCGCUCAUCAAGUGCGCCGAUAUCAGUAAUCCGUGUCGUCCCCUCGGUGUAUCUCAACAUUGGGCCAUGGCGCUUGCGUCGGAGUGGACGUCACAGGCGAACCUGGAAUCGUAUCUCAACAUGCCCGCGACGCUGAAACCGGCAGAUGGUCCGCUCACAGAAGCGCGCUCUCAGGUCUUUUUCAUCGACACGUUCGCCUCGCCCCUAUUCCACCUGACCGCGAAAGGGAUUACUCCCGUCUCUGACUACGCGACCAAGUGCGUCGAGAACUACAAAGUCUGGAACGAGCGCGCCAAGACUCUGUCCGCGCAGACUGUUCCGGAUACGGCCGACACGGAAAGUGUCACGUCGCUCACAUCAUCCCAGCUGCCAGAAGACUUCCUGAACGCGUUCCCCAUGACUAUCCCCUCGUCCCUGCUUGCCGCUGAGCACACCGAGCGCUCAUCGCAGAGUGAUUGGGCAUCGACGACUGGGCCUGGAUCUGUCAACUCGUUCAAUAGCAGUUCUCGGUCUGCGUCGGCAUCUCCGUCACCUGUUCGCCUGCCGGCGCAAUUGCCUGCCCUGUCUGCAACCAGCACGAGUACUGCAUCCGGGUCAAGUGAAGCCCCGGGAAGCCCGCCACAAUCUCCCGCGGAACCACUUUCAGCAGGAUUGAAUAGUCUCCCAGGGUCUGCGACGAGCAGUGGAGGCUCGCCUGCGAGUCUGCUCGCUCUUGCAUCUGCCCCGGGUUCGAGUUCGACCGCCAUCCGCACGGCAUUCAAGAAUUCGGUUCGGAAGAAACCAAGCUUCCUGAACCGCAACUCCUGGAGCCCGAGCCCGCGACAAAACCCACCGGCCACCCAUUAG